CUGUUUUUGGUUUUUUAAAGCUAAAGCUGAAGAGAAGUCGGAUAGAGAGCACAUACGAGUAUUACACAAAUACUCCAGUCUAUUAGCGACAUCAGCAAUGAAAGAUUUCUGCAGAAAUUAGCAUGAGAUGAUGUGUGAGUUUCCGUUAGCUGACGGAUGAUGAUGAAGAUGCUGCUGAUGAUGAUGUUUUGACUGCUGUUAGCCUCUGUGCUAAAGCUAACUCAAAUCACUCUCCCUCUCUUUCUGUGUGUCUGUGCGUGGACAGCUAAGACAACAACUCACAGUUUUAACAUUUAAGUUACAUCAACUUCAGCAAAAACACGAGGUCUAAUGUACAGCAGGGAAACAUGAGUGGUUGUGAGGAGCAGGAGGACGGGCGUGAGGCUGGAUCGUACCAGCUCUAACCUUCAGCUAUGACCUCUGAGCGAUUGACGGCUCUUAAGUAAACAUGUCUGUAAAUGACGACACUGACCAUCCACGCUUUUUUGUGGGCGGUGAGGAUGGAGAGGGAGAUGAACUACUUGACCCUGGCAGAGUCCUAGGCUAUGACUGCCUCUACGAGAAUGUGGAAGAAGAAGAUGAGGAUGAUGAUGAUGAUGAAUAUGAUUCGCCUCCAGAGAGACAGAUUGUGGUGGGUAUCUGUGCCAUGUCUAAGAAGUCCAACUCCAAACCUAUGAAGGAGAUCCUGGAGCGACUGUGUCUGUUUAAAUACAUCACAGUGGUUACGUUUGAGGAGGAAGUCAUUCUGAAUCAGCCGGUGGAGAAGUGGCCACUCUGUGAUUGUCUCAUUUCCUUUCACUCUAAAGGAUUCCCACUGGAUAAAGCUGUCGCUUAUGAAAAGCUGAGGAAUCCAUUUGUCAUCAAUGAUCUGGACCUGCAGUACUUUAUACAGGACAGGAGAAGGGUGUAUGGAAUCCUCAAGGCUGAAGGUAUACAGCUCCCACGCUAUGCUGUUCUGAACAGAGACCCUGCAAGACCAGAAGAAUGUAAUCUGGUGGAGGGAGAAGAUCAUGUGGAGGUAAAUGGAGAGAUUUUUCAAAAGCCUUUUGUUGAGAAGCCAGUGAGUGCUGAAGACCACAACGUCUACAUUUACUACCCAACAUCAGCAGGAGGGGGCAGCCAGCGGCUUUUUCGCAAGAUUGGCAGCAGAAGUAGCGUCUAUUCCCCUGAGAGUAAUGUCAGAAAGACUGGAUCAUAUAUCUAUGAGGAAUUCAUGCCUACAGAUGGAACGGAUGUCAAGGUGUAUACUGUCGGUCCUGACUACGCCCAUGCGGAGGCCCGUAAAUCUCCGGCUCUGGAUGGGAAGGUGGAGCGAGACAGUGAGGGGAAAGAGGUCCGCUAUCCUGUCAUCCUUAAUGCUAGAGAGAAACUCAUUGCCUGGAAAGUCUGUUUGGCUUUUAAGCAAACGGUGUGUGGGUUCGACCUGCUUCGUGCCAACGGUCAGUCAUACGUCUGUGAUGUAAACGGCUUCAGUUUUGUGAAGAACUCAAUGAAAUACUACGAUGACUGUGCAAAGAUCCUGGGGAAUACCAUCAUGAGAGAAUUGGCUCCACAGUUUCAUAUCCCAUGGUCGAUACCCUUGGAAGCAGAAGACAUUCCCAUAGUUCCCACAACUUAUGGAACCAUGAUGGAGUUGAGGUGUGUUAUUGCUGUAAUACGACAUGGUGACAGAACUCCAAAACAGAAGAUGAAAAUGGAAGUUCGACAUCAAAGAUUUUUUGAUCUCUUUGAAAAAUUUGAUGGUUACAAAACUGGAAAGCUAAAACUGAAAAAACCAAAGCAACUUCAGGAAGUGCUGGACAUUGCCAGGCAGCUGUUGCUGGAGCUCGGUCAGAAUAAUGACUCCGAGAUCGAGGAGAGUAAAGCAAAGCUUGAACAACUGAAAACUGUCCUUGAAAUGUACGGUCACUUUUCUGGCAUUAACCGCAAGGUCCAGUUAACAUAUCUGCCUCAUGGUUGCCCUAAAACCUCCAGUGAAGAAGAAGAUGUAAGAAGGGACGACCCAUCUCUGUUACUGGUUCUGAAGUGGGGUGGAGAGUUGACCCCAGCUGGCAGGGUUCAGGCUGAAGAGCUUGGUCGGGCAUUCAGGUGUAUGUACCCUGGAGGACAAGGUGAUUAUGCUGGUUUUCCCGGUUGUGGUCUUUUGCGUCUUCACAGCACAUAUAGACAUGAUUUAAAGAUAUACGCUUCUGAUGAAGGCCGUGUUCAGAUGACUGCUGCAGCAUUUGCAAAGGGUCUGUUGGCAUUGGAGGGAGAGUUAACACCGAUCCUCGUUCAAAUGGUGAAGAGUGCGAAUAUGAACGGCUUGUUGGACAGUGAGAGCGACUCCUUAAGCAGCUGCCAGCAGAAAGUCAAAGCACGACUUCAUGAGAUACUUCAGAAAGACAGAGACUUCAUUCCAGAGGAUUAUGAGAAGCUGGCGCCCACCUCCAGCAUGUCUUUGGUGAAGUCCAUGCAGAUGAUCAAAAACCCAGUUCAGACAUGUGAUAAGGUGUACUCCCUCAUUCAAAACCUCACGCUGCAGAUCCGCCAGAGGAUGGAAGACCCCAAGUCAGCAGAUAUUCAGCUGUACCACAGUGAGACUCUGGAGCUGAUGUUGCGUCGAUGGUCUAAACUAGAGAAGGAUUUUAAAAUGAAGAACGGACGGUACAACAUCAGCAAGAUUCCUGACAUCUAUGACUGCAUUAAAUAUGAUGUGCAACACAACAGCUCAUUGAAAUUCAACAACACAAUGGAAAUCUACCGGCUGUCCAAAGCCCUCGCUGACAUUGUCAUUCCACAGGAAUAUGGUAUCGCUCAGGCUGAGAAACUGGACAUUGCCAAAGGAUACUGCACCCCUCUGAUUCGCAAGAUCAGAUCUGAUCUCCAGAGGACACAAGAUGAUGACACCGUUAAUAAACUUCACCCAGUAUAUUCCAGAGGGGUUAUGUCUCCAGAACGGCACGUACGAACCAGACUUUACUUCACCAGUGAGAGUCACGUGCACUCCCUCCUGUCAAUCUUGCGUUAUGGAGCCCUCUGUGAUGAGGCCCAAGAUGAGCAAUGGAAGAGAGCUAUGGACUACCUUAAAAUAGUCAGUGAGCUAAACUACAUGACACAGAUAGUCAUCAUGCUCUAUGAGGACCCAAACAAGGAUCCUUCAUCUGAGGAGCGUUUCCAUGUGGAACUUCACUUCAGUCCAGGAGCCAAAGGCUGUGAAGAGGAUAAAAAUCUGCCAUCUGGAUUUGGUUACAGACCAGCAUCAAGAGAGAAUGAAGACUCCAAGAAGUCGUCCCAGAAUGACAGUGAUGAAGAGUCUGGCAGCACUAAACGUGACGAGCCGGACCGAGCCCUCAUGAUGUUUCGCCCUAUGGUAUCAGAUCCCAUCUACAUCCACAAGAAGUCUCCUCUUCCCCGCUCCAAAAAGAUCGGCUCUGUGGAAUCGCCAUUGCUGAAAAACUUUAUCAAGACCCCUGCUGGCAAAGAAGAAAGCCCCCUGAGUGUGUCUAGCCCUGACUCUAUAGGUACCUGGAUACAUUACACCUGUGGUGUUGGUACUGGGCGUCGAAGACGCAGAUCAGGGGACCAAAUAACUUCCUCCCCAGUCUCCCCCAAAUCACUGGCUUUCACAUCCAGUAUAUUUGGCUCAUGGCAACAGGUUUUUACAAAUUUAAUUCAUUCUUCACACCGACCGCUAACUUCUUGUCAAUUCACACUCAAGAACUUGGCGGCAGUCAGCAAGGACAUCUAAUGAGCAGAUAAAUCAAAAGAGAGUGAAUUAACCUCAUUCAUCAUAGUGUUUUUCUGUUAUCAUUUCAUGCAUUUCAAACCAUAUAGGGAGGUUUUAAAAAUAUUAACUUACAGCUUUUUAUUUGUUUUACUAGAGUAGUGGGUACUUAUAACUUCCUACAUGUAUUUUUUUUUAUCUUAUUUUAUGUAAGAUAAAGCUGCCAUGCUUUAGACAUACACAGAUUUAAAUAAAAUAAUUUUAUAUGAAGUGUCUUAAUAUAGUCAGAUUAAAUUGCAUAUGAUUAUUUUAAUACAGGAUUAAAAUAAUGUUAACCAAAAGCCAAACAAUUAUUUUGGCUCCACAUGAAGGUUAUCUUUCCGAUGGUUAACAUUUGAAGCUGGUUCAUAAAGGUAAAAACUAUAAUAGCAUGUAUAUUAAUGAUGCUUUUAAAGGUAAAUCUGAUUUUUAGGCGAUGCUACAGGAUGACAGUAAACUUUGUCCUCCUCUAUACACUCCAAACUCAUAUUUAGGUCUGGAUUCAUUCAGCUAUAUAUUGGCCAUUUGUCAGUAAAUUACCAAUAAAUAAAAUCAAGUAGUCAUUUCUGUCUUGUUGAAUAGCCUCUUUUAGUUAAAAUGGUUGUGCAUGCUGUUUUAUGUUGACUUUGAAGCUUUAAUACUGAAAUCUGUAAAUUGUACAGUACUGUAAGUGUAGCAUUACAGUAUGUAAAUGAAAAUAUGUUGCAUUUUGAAAAAGGCUUCUAGCAUAAGAUAUUAUGUACAACCAUUUGAUUAGGAUCUGACACUUUAUUUGUGAUGGUUCUCUCUUUACUAAUCCACAUCUUUAUUCAUGAUUAGUCUGGUGGUAUAUCUCAACUCUUUUCAUUCAUCUGCAUUAGCUGUCCUUUGCAACAUGCUCUAUUUGAGUGUUCAACGAUUAAAGCCCCAUGCACAGGCGAAAUUAUUAUUAUUAUUAUUAUUAUGGGUUUAGGUAGAUUCAGACUGAAGAUCAUCUCUGCUUUGACACCUUUUAACACUCAUUGGUCACUGUCAUCCAUCAGAUCAAAUCUACUGUAGAUCAUUACCUGUUCUUUAGUUUCAUAGGACAUCAACCAAUGUGGAUUUUUUUUUCCAGUCCCUCUAGAUUUCUGCAAUCAAAAUGAAUUUUUCUGGAAUAAUUUCCAGAAAUGUGUGGAAAAAAAGUGCAAUGUUUUUACUAAUUAUGAACCUUGUCAAAUAUAUACUGCACUGAAAAAAAUG